ACGCGUAUGAGACUUCAUCGCCCCACGAGUGGCGGCUAUAUCUGCUAUGACGCCGAGGAGGUCUAAUUACCAGACUUUCGUGCUUGUGCAGGCUGCACGUGAGUCGGAAGCUGUUUUCCCCCCAACCGGAGGCGCGCCUGCGCUCUGACCGCAAGAACCGACGGCUUUGCAAAGUGCCAGCUCGGGGAACCAGAGACGCCGAGGGAACUACCGACAUCAGUCUAAACGCGCAGCUGCACCGGAGGACACGCACUGUGCAUCGUCUCCCCGCUCAGCCGUCCGUGUGUGUGUGUGUGUGUGUGAACAACAACAACAACAACAACAACAACAACCACCGUUCCCCGCAAAGAAGCUUGGCAAGCAGCAGAGACGCGAUGGAUGAAAGAAUCGCGCAUUUACAGGACAGACAGUUUAUGGAGCACGCAGAAUUCUUGGGGGUGGAUUACUCCUCUCUCUACAUGUGCAAAUCCAAACGAGGCAUCAAGCGGGAGGAUGGUGGGAAGGACGCCUACAAGUUACCUCACCGGUUGAUAGAGAAGAAGAGGAGAGACAGAAUCAACGAAUGUAUCGGCCAGCUGAAGGAUUUGUUACCGGAGCAUCUGAAGCUGUCGACGCUCGGGCAUCUGGAGAAAGCGGUUGUCCUGGAGUUGACGUUGAAGCACUUGAACGCUCUGACGGCCGUCACCGAGCAGCAGCACCAGAAGAUCGUUGCUUUGCAGAAUGGGGACCGGACAGCGAACUCGUCCAUACACGCAGAUCUGGACGCGUUCCACUCCGGCUUCCAGGCCUGUGCCAAAGAGGUCCUGCAGUAUCUGGGUCAGUUUGAGAACUGGACGACGCGAGAGCAGCGGUGCGCGCAGCUCAUCGGCCACCUUCACAAGGUGCUGGCGCAGUUCCAGGCCGGCGCGCCGCCGCUCCAGCACCAGCUACCCGCCGCCGGGGACGCACAGGAUGGCCACAAAGCCGACAGCCAAGCUAAUAAAGGGCCGGUCAUCCAGAGGACCCAAGGCGGGGAGCUCAACGAGAACGACACGGACACGGACAGCGGCUAUGGUGGCGAAGCCGAAAGCGACGGCAAAGAUAAAGAAUGUGAGCGCAAUAACGCGCAGGGAGCCAAGGUGGUGAAGAUCAAACAAGAGUUUGGAGAUGAUCGCGUUGCCAAAAAACCAAAGAUGAACUGGCCUGGGAACGGGUCAGGUGGCGCAGACCCCGCUAGGCCCGAUCUGGCGUUUAUGAACACUCUGGUGGGAAUAAGCGGCGCGGGACAGCAAACACCUAUUUGCAUGCCUUUCUACUUCAUCAACCCUUCGGCCGCGGCUUCUUAUAUGCCAUUUUUCGACAAAAGCAACAUUGAAAAGUACAUGUACCCAGCGGCGGCCGCUCUGGCAUCUCCUUUCCCCUGGCUGUACCCCGCGCACGCGGCGGCCGCGGCGGCGGCGGCGGCGGCAGCGGCUUUCCCCGGCUUGUCCGUGCAUGUUGGAGCCUCUCCUGGGUCCAAGGACCUCCACGGUGCAGAGAGCGACGAGUCACGCGAUGCUGAGUUCGGGUCACCAGGGGAGCGCGAGGAUAGUCCCGGGAUCGACUACGGGGAGGAUGACGUAGCAGACGCGUCCCAAGAGAGCGAGGACAGUCCUCGCGCUCAGCUUCCUGCGUGUCAAACGAGCUAAUUGCGUGGUCCUUUGUUACAGCUCAGUGCAGUGCUCUGCCGAAGAGCGUGAAUUUCCUUUUGUUUUCUUCUUCUUUUCUAAAGUUAGACUAGUGAUAAAGCGAGGUUUUCACAGAGGUUUCUCAUGUACAAAAAUAUCGGUGGAAACAGUUGUGACUGAGUGUGCCUUUUGCACUUCUGCUAGAUUAGUCAAACUCAAUGAUUAUCGACAAUGAUUGAAAUGAAUACACAGCUGUGUUGUGCUGGAGUAAGUUUUUUUUAUCCUCUUUGAUAAUAUAUUUUGAAGUGGCAGCAUUGGUGCCCAAACUUUGAGUAUACGACACCAGGGCGCAACACCCCACUCAGCGUGUCUCUUUGGAUGUAUGAAGUUGCAACUGACCUCUGCCAAGGUUAUCGAGUGCUUGGCUGACUCUGACUGUAAAUAGUGUCACCUGAAAGAAAGGCGGAAUCACUAACGCGUUUUAAUGGAGCAGGUAGAGUGUGGGAGAGAAAUAACUGGUAUGCCCGAUCAUUUACAACACAAACAAAUAACUACUUCACACAUAAUAAAGGUGAUGAAUGGGGACGUUGUGUUACAGGUGUAAUGCCUGGUUUCCUUCAUUUUUACACACUUACAGAGUCAACUCUGGUUUCAUUUACUUGUUCUUGUGAGGAAAGAAAAAAAAAUGCUGAUCGCUGGAAUCAUUCAGGGUAAUUGAAAGAAGAAACCCUUCGUUUACAAAGGGGCUGCUUGACCUGAUAUUGUACAUCUCCUGAAUGAGGCAUUUCAACACGGUGACCUCCUGCACCUCCAAGAAACGUCGUAGGAUAGCACCUUAUUGAUCUUUGAUAUUGAAUGUACCUGUAUUUUCCCAGCUGUUAAAGUUUGUAGGAUGAUCUUUACUCUUUGAGAUGUAAAGUGCACUUUUUCUGCUCUUGCUCUCCCAAAAAGUCCCCUCACACGAGUCAAUAGCAGUAGUUCUCUCAGAACAUUUUUAUUGUGUUGAGUUGUCUUGAAAUAGUAAUACACAAAUAUUUCAUUUAAAAAAAAAGAGAUGUGUGGCCAUUAAGUCAUGUGAAUUUGACAAAAUACAGUUUAUUUCUGGCUCUUUCGAAGCAAAAACCGUUCAGAUCAUAAUCAGAUUUGAAAACCUCUUGACAAACCGAACUAUCCUCGAUUUUGUGUUUUAUGCUAUUAUUACGUUAAACCUUGCUAAUCAAAUAUUUUACAAAGGUGGGAUAGAAGCUGUAGUCAUGUGACCAUCACAUAUUUUAAGAACCGUUGACUCUAUCUUGACCUGUUUUCUAUGAGAUUCAUUCCUGGAAGUAUAGUGAUAUUCAGCUUUAAGUUUCACAUGUGACCGAAUUAACAUAAUUUCCAUUGCGUUUUGCAAACAUUGGCUUUUGUAGUUUACUUCGGCCGGUUUGGCCUCCACUCUGUUAUCAACUGUUAUAUAACGUGGCAUGUGUGUCUGUAAAUAUCUUUUGUGAAUAUACCAUAAAAUAUACGUCUGUCAAUGUUGUAGAAGUCUAUGGACUUUUUUUAAAACAUUUAAUUGAGCAACUGUUGCACAUUUCGUUAAUGCUUUACACAUAUGCUGUUAUAAAUUAUUGCUGAUGAGUUGUAAAAUAAAUAUCGAAACUAAACUC